CACGGUUCGGGCGUUGCAGCUUCCGCCUACAAAUGGCUCUUCUUUCCCUGUGGGGUGGACCCUGGAGAAGCUCCGGACUUGGAGAGCGCACUUCCUUUUCCAGCCACCUCUGCGCACCCCUGUAGGCCCGUCCUUUGCCCGGUCUUGGCGGGAGCCCCACUCAUGAGUCUGGGGAAGACAGGCUCCCGGGAUAGACGGUUUCGGGCGCCGCGGGCAGCUCAACGAUGCGCCCGUGUUUGGAGACACAGGCGACUUAGAGCGAGCCCGGAGUGUGGUCGCGCCUGCUCGUGGUCGCCCCUGCUCGGGGUGGGAAACUCUGAUUCCUCGUGCCUGUGCAGAGUAGGACACCUGCCGUUGUUCCUGUAGAACCUGAUCUCGGGCUCGAGCUGGAGUCUUCCGGGCUUGGGAACACAAGGGGGUGUCCGAAGGGGCCUCUGUGAUGAGGACGCGCCGUGAGCAGCCUGACUUCUCAUGGCGGGGAAACCUGCCCUGCCUUUUCUCUACUCGUUGGGGGGAGGCUUGUUCCCUUGUCUGCCUGCAGCUAGGACAAGGGAGAGAAAAGAAAUGAGCCGUCAGACCGCCACAGCAUUACCUACUGGUACGUCAAAGUGUACGCCAUCCCAGAGGGUGCCUGCCUUGACUGGCACAACCGCAUCCAACAAUGACCUGGCGAGCCUUUUUGAGUGUCCAGUCUGCUUUGACUAUGUGUUACCGCCCAUUCUGCAGUGUCAGAGUGGCCACCUUGUUUGUAGCAACUGUCGCCCAAAGCUCACGUGCUGUCCGACUUGCCGGGGCCCUUUGGGGUCCAUUCGCAAUUUGGCUAUGGAGAAAGUGGCCAACUCAGUACUUUUCCCUUGUAAAUACGCCUCUUCUGGAUGUGAAAUAACUCUGCCACACACAGAAAAAGCAGACCACGAAGAGCUCUGUGAGUUUCGGCCUUACUCCUGUCCGUGCCCCGGUGCUUCCUGUAAGUGGCAGGGCUCCUUGGACGCUGUCAUGCCCCACCUGAUGCAUCAGCACAAGUCCAUCACGACCCUGCAGGGAGAGGACAUCGUUUUCCUGGCUACAGACAUUAAUCUUCCUGGUGCUGUUGACUGGGUGAUGAUGCAGUCCUGUUUUGGUUUUCACUUCAUGUUAGUCUUGGAGAAACAGGAAAAAUACGACGGCCACCAGCAGUUCUUCGCAAUUGUACAGCUGAUAGGAACGCGCAAGCAAGCUGAAAAUUUUGCUUAUCGACUUGAGCUAAAUGGUCACAGGCGGCGAUUGACUUGGGAAGCGACUCCUCGUUCUAUUCACGAGGGAAUUGCGACAGCCAUCAUGAAUAGUGACUGCCUAGUCUUUGACACCAGCAUCGCACAGCUUUUUGCAGAAAAUGGCAAUUUAGGCAUCAAUGUAACUAUUUCCAUGUGUUGAAAUGGCAUUCGAACAUUUUCUGGCCAGUGUUUAAAACCAUUGCAUUCAAUUUCACAGAGAACAAGGCACCCAUCAGCCUGCCAGUCUGAACCUGCUUUGGUAGGUGGAAGCUAGACACGUGAAGGUAAAUAAAAGGAAAGCUCUUAAUACAGGCAACAGUUGCAUGUAGUAACACUAAUAUAUUUAAAAAUAAGUCCACAGUAAACCACUGAGAAAAUAUAUAUAUAUCUCCUCCCAAGACGGGCAUCUUUUGUAUUAAGAAAGUUGAUUCUGCAGGAAGCAUUGUAAAAUACUUCUGAAUUUGUGUGUGUUGUAGAUCGAUUGUACUGUUGAAAAAAUACUGGGGUUUUUUGUUUUGUCUUGUUU